AUGGGGCGAGAGGCGGGGCAAGGGGGUGACAAGGGGGCAAGGGGGCGACAAGGGGGGCAAGGAGGCGACAAGGGGGGCAAUGAGGCGACAAGGGGGGCAAGGAGGCGACAAGGGGGGCAAGGAGGCGACAAGGGGGGCAAGGAGGCGACAAGGGGGGCAAGGAGGCGACAAGGGGGGCAAGGAGGCGACAAGGGGGGCAAGGAGGCGACAAGGGGGGCAAGGAGGCGACAAGGGGGGCAAGGAGGCGACAAGGGGGGCAAGGAGGCGACAAGGGGGGCAAGGAGGCGACAAGGGGGGCAAGGAGGCGACAAGGGGGGCAAGGAGGCGACAAGGGGGGCAAGGAGGCGACAAGGGGGGCAAGGAGGCGACAAGGGGGGCAAGGAGGCGACAAGGGGGGCAAGGAGGCGACAAGGGGGGCAAGGAGGCGACAAGGGGGGCAAGGAGGCGACAAGGGGGGCAAGGAGGCGACAAGGGGGGCAAGGAGGCGACAAGGGGGGCAAGGAGGCGACAAGGGGGCAAGGAGGCGACAAGGGGGCAUGGCGAGAGGCGGGGCACAGAGGCGAGAAGAGAGACAAGGGGGUGAUAAGGGGCAAAAGAAGUAAACGAGAAAGGAAAGAGGACGGGGUGGAGAAAGGAAGUGAGAAAGGAAAGAGGACAGGGGUGGAGAAAGGAAGUGAGAAAGGAAAGAGGACAGAGGUGGAGAAAGGAAGUGAGAAAGGAAAGAGGACAGGGGUCGAGAAAGGAAGUGAGAAAGGAAAGAGGACAGGGGUCGAGAAAGGAAGUGAGAAAGGAGAGAGGACAGGGGUCGAGAAAGGAAGUGUGAAAGGAAAGAGGACAGGGGUCGAGAAAGGAAGUGUGAAAGGAAAGAGGACAGGGGUGGAGAAAGGAAGUGAGAAAGGAAAGACGACAGGGGUGGAGAAAGGAAAGACGACAGGGGUGGAGAAAGGAAGUGAGAAAGGAAAGAGGACAGGGGUGGAGAAAGGAAGUGAGAAAGGAAAGGGGACAGGGGCGGAAAAAUGA